UUCCCGUAACGAUAAUGGCUAUUUCUCAUGAAUAUCACAUGAGGAUGUAAUUAAUCCAACCAAAGUGUUCAAAUUUGUCGAUAAAAAGCGGUGCGUGUAAUUGACGCAGAAAACCUGGAGGAUGAACACGAUAACUCUACGUGCCGAAUUGAUUCUCGUUUUCUCUUUUCUUUUGUGCUUGCAAGGCGUCCAAUGCGUGUCCAAAUCAAAUGAAUGCAUCUACAGGGGGACCGUCUACGGGGCGGAGACUGGUUCAAUCAUAUGGAGAUGUGGACUUGAAGAUGUUGUCUACAGAACCACUGUCAAUUGCUCUAUAGGAAAAGUUCAUCAUUGUUCACUCAUUAGGCAGCGCUUUACCAAGCCAUCAGAAUGCCAAGGAGUGAUUCAUCGAGGAAACUGGAUUUACAAGAAAUCCGAAAAUAAGUGCGCUAGAGAACCCGGUCCGUUUAGUGAAGAAAAGGAAUGUCAAAAGUGUGUGACAGUUUACGAGAGAAGUCCUUGCAAUUGCACAAUUGAUAAGGGACAAAAGGUCGACAUCUCUUGUCCCAAAUGGAAGCCGUUGCUGUCGCAGUACAAUUUCACUUACAAUGCCAAAAUACAUGCCACACAAUACCGACGCGAUUUGCUCGGCUGGUGCGGCAGCAAAGAAACGCACGAUGAAAUAAAGGGCGCCUUGAGGGAUCAAAUAGAUAGCUGCAAGCAUACCUCAUGUCAACUCCAAACCGUGGAGACUAUCUACCAGAUGAUAGAGAACAUAACGUCUCAACCAAACGGGGACCAGUUGGCUCCCAUAGCGCAACAAGUGCAGUUUGUGGGUGACGCCGUGGGACUCUUAAGGAGAAAGGACGCACUGGACUAUGACGUCAUCAUUCCCCUAGCAACAUCUCUCCUGCGUUCCAGUGACAACAUUGUGAACACGUUGCAUCAAAACUUCAGUGAGAGGAACGAUUUGUCCCACAAGCUCAUUGGUCACCUCGAACACGUGACACCUUUAAUGGUCAAGGCCCUCGAGAAUAGCGAAAAGCAGUUCACAUUCACAUCCCGAAACAUCGGAAUGGCUGUCACCUCCACAAACUUCACCCCAUCACAUACCUCCAAAGUUGAGGUUUUCGAUGCAAACGGGGGUCGUACGGCAAAGCUGACGCUAUAUGGACCUGGCAAAAGUCAAAAUAGGACUUGCUCGGGAGGUUGUAGUGGCGGGGUUGGUAUUGUGGUCUUGAAGAAUGUCAGUCAUCUGUACCCUAUUGACGUUGAUCCCGAAUUUUUGGAUCGUGUAACAAGUAAGGAUGAGCCUGCGGUACGUCUGGUCUCCUCUGUGCUCUCAGCGGUCGCGGUGAUGGGCGGCAGAUCAAUACACCAUGUUAAUGGCACCUUCGCGUUAAGCACCGAUAACAUUAACAAAGAAUCUACCUACUGUGUGUAUUGGGACAAGAAAAUUGCCUCUCCCAAUCACGGGGCGUGGUCGAGUGAGGGUCUAAAGUUAAUCCUCAACAAGCAGAACAUUACAGAGUGUUGGACAAGUCAUCUCACGAACUUUGCCGUACUUGUGCAGACUGUCCAUUUAGAGAUCCCGGCCAUCCACGCCCUGGCCCUUGAGAUGAUAACCUACAUCGGUUGUACAAUAGGGCUUAUAUGCCUUUUUGUGUCUGUUCUUAUAUUUUCCUUGCUAUUCAGGAGUCUGUCGGGAUUACGUCAUCGUAUCCACUUGAAUAUCUGUGUUGUGCUCGCCGUGGCCCAAAUCGUGUUUUUGGCGGGAAUCAACGCUACGGAUAAUAAGGCUGGCUGCACCAUAGUAGCGGUGCUACUGCAUUACUUCUACACAGCGGCAUUCGCGUGGAUGUUCGUAGAGGGGGUGCAUUUGUAUUUCAUGGUGGUUCAUGUCUACAAUACCCAGACGCUUAAGAUUAGGUACUACAUGCUGUUCGGCUGGGGCUUUCCUUUUGUUUUCGUCGGUGUUUCGUUGGCCUCUGGAUUUGAAGGAUAUGGCACUGACCAUGCAUGCUGGAUAUCCAUUGAGACGGGCCUCAUUUGGGCUUUUGUUGUACCAGUUAUCAUCUUUAACUCGAUUAAUAUUGUAAUUCUUGUGAAAGUUUUGUACAUUCUCGUGUCCAUUGAAGAAAGUCCAUUGACUCCAGAGGAAGGCAAGCGAGCGAGGGUGGCUAUUCGUGGAGUCAUCACCCUUAUGCCCUUACUCGGAUUGACCUGGAUGUUUGGCAUCCUGUGUGUCAAUACCGACACCGUAGCAUUCCAGUACCUCUUCGCCAUCCUCAAUACCUUACAGGGUGUGUUCGUCUUUGGAUUCCACUGCGUCGGAAACAGUCAGGUUCGUUCGUCUCUGAAAAAGUACGUCUCCCGCAAAUGGCAAGUCUUCAGCGUGCUGAGAUCGCGCCCUCCUCGUAGUCGCAGCACCGGUCGCACCACGCGCGGGCAAGAGACACUCGGCGAGGUAAAAAAUGGUACGACUGCUGACCUAUAAACGGCAGGCUCAACAGUUUACUCGAUUUAAAUGAUAAAAGUUUAGACGUUAUAAUUUUGUAAAAUUGUAAAUAAUAUGAUUUUGUGUAGAUUAAAGAGGCCAUUUAAACCUUCUCAUGAUAAUGACAGCCAUUUACAACGCCAGCGAAAGUAAUCAUUUGUAUACACCUUUUUCACAAAAGGUUGUCAGUGCAAAUGGCGAUUGGUAAAUGGCUUAUGGGUACGUAUUACUUGUAAAAAAUAAAGUACAGCAAUGUCAGUGCCAAAUAUUGGUAACCUUUAAUGGGUAAUUGUUUUGGUUUAUCCAUAUUCUUCGAGACGCAUGGUUACUUUCGGUCGUAGAACUACCAAUCGCCAUUUGCCAUUUGCACUGACAACCUUUAUUGAAAUAGGUGUAUACUGUAUAGAAGAGAAAGUCUUGUAAAGAGCCUCUCUGGAUUUGGAUAAUUCUUAUCGAUGGAAUUACAACAAUAAAAUGCAAUCUGUAUUCAUCUAUAA